AUUAUUGGGAUCCCAAGACUACUGUAGCUGGUCUUCUGGUCUUCGCCCGGCAUGGCCACGGCUGCUGAAUCCUCUGCUCCUUGCAGGGAGUGAAGUGAAGAAUCAGAGCCAGCGAGCUGGGAAAGGAGCGGAGAUGGAAGCUGCUGUUGGCACCGUGGCCGGCAAGAUCGCGCCCAAGCUCCUGGAUUUCCUGCAGACAAACCACAAGCUGCGGGGCGAGCUGGAGCACGACAUCAGGUACAUCAAGAGCGAGUUCGUCAUGAUCUGCGCCGCCAUCCUCGAAGACGAGGACCGCCGCCGCUCCUCCGCCGACCACGUGCAGAGGGCCUGGAUCGAGAUGGUGCGCGGCCUGGCGCGCGACAUCGAGGACUGCAUCGACCGCUUCACGCGCCGCGUGGCGCUCGAGGCCGGCGCCCCAUGGAUCCGCCGGAAGCUCCACCGCUUCAAGACAUUGAAGGCCCGUGGCAAGUUCGCCGCCGCGAUCCGUGAUCUUAGGAAGACGUCGGUGGAGGCGUCCAAGCUGAGGGAAAGUUACCAAUCCAGCGUUGGCGGCGGAUCCAGCGCCCUGGAGCCAGGGCCAGGGCCACCUGCCGCGGAGAUGGAGACCAGCCUUUCAGCCGCCGGCCUACCUGUGGCCGCUGUCGGCAUGGAAGGGGCCAGGGAUGAGCUCAUGGAGCUGAUCAGGGAAACGCCGCAAGACCAACCGAGGGAGCAGCUCAAGGUGAUCUCCCUUGUCGGAUUCGGCGGCAUAGGCAAGACUCUCCUUGCCAGGCAGGCCUACGACGGCGCAGCUGAGAGCGGAUACGACGCGCGGGCUUGGGUUCGCGCCGGGGAGAGAGGCGCAGUCCAUGUUCUCAAGGAGAUACUCCGGCAACUUCAAAGGGAUUCUUCCAUCUCCAUUGGUGCCCUGGCUGGAAGUACUGGCAGCUACUGCCAUCUCGGCAAGCUCCGCACAAGCCUCAGGGAGUGCCUUGGCACCAAGAGGUACUUCAUUGUGAUCGAUGAUGUCCGCACCAUAUUUUGGCACGAUAUAAAAGAAGCCUUCCCUGCAGUUUCGGGGGUGAGCAGCAGAGUUAUGGUGACGACGGCCAUUCAGUCUGUGGCAAAUGCUUGCAGCUCUGCUCAUGGUCAUGUGUACGUGAUGAAAACUCUUUCCCAGGAGCACUCAAGACAAUUGUUCUUCCAAGAAGCUUCCUUGGAAGAUCCACCACUGGCCAGUGAUCAUAGGCAGCAGCUCGGUACUUCAGAAGCACUGACCAAAUGUGAUGGUCUACCCCUUGCUCUUGUUACCACAGCUCAGUUCUUGCAAAGUAAAGGUGAUCCCAGAAGAUGGACAAGUCUGUGCCAAAACAUUGGGGAACAUCUGGAGACAAAGGAGACCUUAGCAAGAAUGAAGCGUGUGCUCGUUGACAGCUACACCAGCCUUGGUAGCCAAGAUGUCAAGACAUGCUUGUUAUACAUGGGUAUUUACCCAGGUGGCCAUCCAAUCAGGAGAGGAAGCCUGAUAAGGAGAUGGUUAGCAGAAGGGUUAAUCAAAGAUGACCACAGACGCAGUGCUGUAAGUGUCGCUGUUGACAAUUUCGACGAGCUGGUCGACCGGAGUAUCAUUCGGCCUAUUGAUACCAGCAACAGCAGCAGCACAGAGGUGAAGGCAUGCCAAACUCACGGCAUGAUGAUCGAAUUCAUCCUUCACAAGUCUACAUGUGAGAACUUUGUUACCUUGUUAUAUGAUAAGGCCCCCCUACAUAGUAAUAUCCGUUGGCUUUCUGUGCAUCGUAAAAGCGCUGAACGGGCCAGAAUGAAUCCAAAGGAAUUACGUCUGGUCCGGUCUCUGACAAUCUUUGGUAAGGCGCACAAAUCUUUGUUGGAUUUUUCCAAGUAUGAACUGCUGCGGGUUUUGGAUCUGGAAGAAUGCGGCAACCACUUGGAAGACAAGCAUCUUAAGGAGAUAUGCAGGAAACUGUUGUUGCUCAGGUACCUAAGCCUCAGGGGCGCUGCUACAAUUACAGUGUGUCCCAAAGAGAUCAAGAAACUUCGAUAUUUGGAGACACUUGAUGUAAGAAGAACCAAGAUAGAUAUUCUUCCCAAAGAAGUCAUGGAGCUUCCAUGUUUAGUUCAUCUGUUUGGAAGGUUCAAGCUCGAAGAUGUAAGAUGGAGAAUGGGUAAGCUACAGACUUCAUUGUCAGAAAAGAGUAAAUUGGAGACGGUAUCAGGGUUUAUUGUGGACAAGAGCCAAGAAUUCCUGCAGCUGAUGGAUAAAAUGGAGCACCUCACAAGGGUAAAAAUAUGGUGUGAGUCUACAGCUGGCACCAGCAGCAACUUAAGUCGCCUCUCAGAGGCCAUCAAGGGGUUCAUCAAGAGAGGCACCGAUUUGAAAGGUUCACGUUCCCUCUCGCUGAAUUUCAAUGGACAGCCUCAAGACUUGAUGAAUUUCUCCCUGGAAAUGGAUGACUAUUACUAUCUUAGCUCCCUCAAGCUACACAACAUAUGCAGCCUGCCUCUGUUUGUUACCAUGCUGGGUGGUCUCACUAAGCUGUGUCUUUCAUCCCCUGAUCACAAACUAUGUGAGGAUAUUUUUGCAUCACUGGACAGAGUGUGCGGCUUGGAGUGCGUGAAGCUGAUUUCAACUCAACUCAACAAGCUUGUCAUCAGACAAGGUGCACUCGCAAGCCUGCGAUGCCUAUGCAUUGUGGUGGAAGUCAUGACUGAGUUAAAAAUCCAAGAGGGAGCUCUGCCACGCCUUGAGUCUCUCCGGCUGCUAUGUAAGGAUCUAAAUGGUUUUUGCGGCACGACGAUCCUGUCCCUGGAACGUCUUAAGGAGGUGGCGCUCCAUGAUGGAGUGAGCAACGAAACAAAACACAAAUGGAAAGAAGCAGCAAAGAACCAUCCCAAGCGUCCAAAGCUCUUGUUUGUCAAGACGAAAUUGAUAGGGAGUGAGCCUGUUGUGGAAACCCCUGCGGCACCAGUUACUUGCACGGCGUUAUCAGUGAAGCUCGAUGCCAUUUGUACUGGACAGAGAGAAUGUCCUGUACAAGUUUUUACUUCAGAGAUGGUAGAUGGUGUGCUCUGCUCUGACAGUAAAGAGAAUGGUGAUAGUCAACGUGACGGUGAUGGGAAAGAGGAUAUGGAUAACAUUGAUGGCCUAGAGAAUACUUCUAGGAAAGAUGGUCUGAGCACUCAGGUGAUUGAUGAUCAGUUGAUAGAAGAUGGCACUCAGUCUACUGAUCCAAAUCUGGCACAGAAUAGCGACAACGGUGGAGGUAAUGCUAGAGCCAAGAAAGUAUUCGACAAGGAUGCAGUGGUGGAUGGGCAUAUAAGAAAGAGUUGUACUUUUGGUGAAGGCAACUCGAUGGAGAGGCUCUUGAUUGGGUGAAGGGCAAGAAUCUGGAGGAUGUCCGAGAUAAUUUACACAUUCCAACUAUCUUAAAUUCUUAUGCUUCUCUUAGUGAUAUACCUAGUAGAGUGUGGCCUCUCUCAACUCUCGAUCUCACUCACGAGCAAUAGCAGAUGAACAAUAUAGAGACAACUGACGAGAGGAUUUGUGCUGUGUAAAACCUACAUCUUUUCUGGGUUCUGUUCUCCUUUUAUUAGCUGAGAUCAAUCGUGUUCUAACACACGAUGCCCACAAACGGACGUGCCAUCCCACGUCCCAGGCGAUCGGGGUACAACGCAAUGAUCGGGUCAAAGCAAACAAACUAUAACUCUAUCUGAUCCUAGGAAAUAGCUGAUGACUAGCUAAACCCCGACAGAGUCCUAAACCUGAUGACACUGACAGUUUAUUCAGACAAACACUUGAGAUUAACUAACGUAGAGUUUGGGUGAAGUUCUUGACAUAAGUAAGUUAGAGUAUUGAGAUGGUAUUUUCCAGCAAAAUUUUGCAGAUAAAUAUACAGGUUGGUGCUCCUUAGCUCAGUGUAAGUCUAGAACUUCUCAAUCUUAUUUCUGGCAUGGCCUCAUGAAGGCGAAGGAUGUUUUUGUUUAAAUUAUGUAGGAAAAUAGUUGCUAAUGGUAAUUGAAACCUUCAGCCAAAACAUCUCUGUGGCUUAGGCUGAGGCCUUGGUUGUCUUCAGUUUAGGGCGAGAUGCCUGCUAUGUAGCAGCAGCUACAUGAGCUAUUUCCUCUAGUGUCUUUGUCUGGGGAACCUGACAGAUGUAAGUAGCUACUUGAUAAAUCAUGAGCUUCUCUGUGCAUGUGUUGUAUAUCGCCCUCAAAGCUCAAAAGGUUAGGUGGCCCUUGAAAAAGCUUCCGUUUGUCGGAACUGUAAAUUACGGGGGUGGGAACUCUGUUUAUUCCUGUUGUCUGGAAGUUCAACGUUUCUCCGAAAAUUCAUAUAUUUCUGUGGCCGUUUGCCCAAAACAAGGUGCUGACAAGAGGUACAUGAAAAAAAUCACUGAACUGUGUUCAUCAUAGUUUAUCUAGAGCCAGCAUUCCAUUUAUUAUUUUUCGCAAAAAAAUAUUCCAUUUAUUAUUUGAGUGUGGUUGCCAGAAACACAUGACUGAAGUUACAAGUUUGUUGACUUGAUGUCCUUAGCCCAACAUUGGGCCAAUAACACCAGACUUGCUGUGAUUAACACUGUUUGUCUGCAGUCUGGUGGGAGCCGUGAAAUUGCCAGAGUGACUUCAUUUUGACAAGGGCAUUUCGCAGAAUAUGGGCAAUGGAAACUUUUCAUUCCAGGGAGCCGGGCUGAUCAACAAGUGGUCAUAUCAGAUCCGUGGAGACGCCGUGAUGAUGUUACAUUGGUGUAAACGUGCAAUUUGAGAAGAUACAUCAAAUACAGCCCCCACCCACAAGAGCCAGAUGUAUCUGUUUCUGCGUGGCUUCAGGUAUUCCUUGAGUUCAGAUGGGAGGUCAUUCUUUGGAUCGAAAAAAAUAGAUGGCUCAAAUUCAAUUUAAGGUACUGUAAAAGAGCUUCCGAAUUUUAAUCUGGAGCGAAUACUCUCUUUCAUGUACUGUAUUUCCGAGACAGCUUCUCAUGUGAUGUUCGUGCGGUUCCGUUUUGAAUGAAAUGGGACCAGGGAGAUGUUCCUCGCUCUUCCAAUGAUC